GAUUUAGGUUAAAAGAAUCAUAAAUGAUAAAACAAGGGGUUCACGCCUGUUUCAAAGCUUUGACUAGACGAAGACAUACACGCAUCAACACAACGAAGAAAUUUGCUAAAACCUUUGAACUUUGAAGAUAACCACCAUCGCCGGCGAACAACUCUCCGGCGACCGUCGAUUCGCAGUUUCUUCCGCUCUCUACGGUGAUUCUGCGUUCAGCUAGCUUGCUAAAAAAGAAAUAAAUAAAUAAAUAACUGUCAGUUUGUCUUGUUCUCUACCAAACUCACUUAGUUUUGACAAUGAAGAGUGGAGAGCGAGCUGCAAAUAUCGCACUAGCAGGUCUAACGCUAGCACCAUUAGUUAUGAAGGUUGACCCAAAUAUAAAUGUCAUUUUGACUGCGUGCCUCACAGUUUUUGUGGGUUGUUACCGUUCUGUCAAGCCAACACCUCCUACUGAAACAAUGUCUAAUGCACAUGCCAUGCGUUUUCCUCUAGUUGGCAGUGCAAUGUUGUUGUCUUUGUUCUUACUCUUUAAGUUCCUGUCAAAGGACCUGGUCAAUGCCGUCUUGACUUGCUACUUCUUUGUGCUUGGCAUCCUCGCACUCUCGGCGACACUCUUACCUGCAAUCAGGCGGUUUUUACCUACCAAGUGGAACGAAGAUGUUAUUCAUUGGAGUUUCCCGUAUUUUAAAUCUCUAGAUGUUGAGUUUACAAGGUCUCAAGUCGUUGCAGCAAUUCCUGGGACCUUUUUCUGUGUGUGGUAUGUUGCACAGAAGCAUUGGCUUGCUAACAAUGUUUUGGGACUUGCAUUCUGCAUUCAGGGAAUUGAAAUGCUUUCUCUUGGUUCAUUUACAACUGGUGCCAUUCUUUUGGCUGGACUCUUUUUCUAUGAUAUAUUCUGGGUCUUUUUUACCCCAGUUAUGGUUAGCGUAGCCAAAUCAUUUGAUGCACCUAUAAAGCUUCUAUUCCCAACAGGAGUCACUGCACGUCCAUUUUCUAUGCUCGGUUUAGGUGACAUUGUAAUUCCAGGCAUUUUUGUAGCAUUGGCACUGAGAUUUGACGUGUCAAGAGGAAGAAAUAACCAAUACUUCACGAGUGCCUUCUUGGGAUAUGCAGUUGGUGUGGUGCUUACUAUUGUUGUCAUGAACUGGUUUCAAGCUGCACAGCCUGCUCUGUUAUAUAUUGUACCAGCUGUUAUUGGGUUCUUGGCUGCUCAUUGCAUUUGGAAUGGGGAGGUCAAACCGUUGUUGGAGUUCGACGAGUCUAAAACGGCUGUUAGUAGUGAUGGCGAUGCAGAUGAGAAUACAAGCAAGAAAGUAGAAUGAGAUAUGAAAAUUAGGUUUACAAAAUACAGUUGGAGAAACUAUGUUUUUCCUUUUUCUUUUUUAAAUGCUUUUUUUUAAUAGCAUUGUAACCCUAAUCUUUUUGGUUAACUUAUGCUAGACUUUUCAAGUUCAUGUUUUUCUGGCA